UAGAGGGGACUGAGAGAGUGGUUAAAGAGGGAGAGAGACAGAGAGAGAGAGCAUGGCAGGAGCCGCAGCAGAAGCACUAGGAGGAGGAACCAUCGUUUGCUGGUGCCACUCAGCCAUCAUCAGGGAUCGCCGAUUCAUAUUCUCCCUGGAUUGUCCCGCAACAAAUGCUCCCUCUCUUAUCCGUUUGAGGUCAAGAAGCUUAGGGAACAAAGCCCAUUACUCUCCUGCGAAUGCCAAACCCCAUCAGCGUAGACUCGUGUUCCUAUCCAGAGCCGCUGAUUCAACACAGUCCCCUUCCCCUGCUUCCACCGCCGGCAAGGCCAUUGUCCCAGACGACGAAUUCACACUUGCUAAGGUCUCGUUUGGGGUAAUUGGACUAUCUGUUGGGAUUACACUUCUUUCGUAUGGUUUUGGGGCAUACUUUAAUAUUCUCCCUGGGUCUGAAUGGUCAGCAUUAAUGUUAACAUAUGGCUUUCCUCUUGCAAUAAUUGGUAUGGCUCUUAAGUAUGCAGAACUCAAACCUGUACCAUGCUUAACUUAUUCAGAUGCUCAAAUGUUGAGGGAAACAUGUGCUACAUCUAUUCUUAAACAGGUCAGAAAUGAUGUUAUAAGAUUUCGUUACGGGGAUGAACAACAUUUGGAUGAGGCCUUAAAACGAAUUUUUCAAUAUGGUCAGGGUGGAGGAAUUCCAAGGCGGAGUGCACCUAUUCUACAAAUGAUUCGUGAAGAAGUCACUGAAGAUGGCAAGUACUGUUUAGUACUGGUAUUUGAGGCUAAAACUCUGCAAUUGUCAGAUUUUGAAAAGAGACAGGCAAAAUUUGCAUCAUUCUUUGGGCCGGGAAUUACUGCUGAAGUUGGGAAAGGCGAGAAUGAUCUGUAUGAAGUCCGGCUUAUAUCCAACACAAAACUCUAGGUAGAAGAAUGAAAUUUUAACUUCACUUUCCUGUUUGUUUUUCUCCUUUAUGUUACCUGCUUGUAAAUGUCACAUAAUGUUUAAAUCCUGCUGGAUAGACAAUAGAAUAAUAUUUUGAAAAGGUCAAUCAAUCUGAGAAAUUCAUUUUGGGUUUCAAGGCU